GAAUUUUCAAGUCACAUUCAGUUGAUAGGAUGAAAAAAUUCAAGAGAAGGCUAUCCCUCACUCUUCGAGGAAGCCAAACUAUUGAUGAAUCAUUGUCUGAAUUGGCGGAACAAAUGACUAUUGAAGAAAAUAGCAGCAAGGAUAAUGAGCCUAUUGUGAAGAAUGGCAGGCCUCCAACCUCUCACAGUAUGCAUUCCUUCCUCCACCAGUACACAGGAUCCUUCAAGAAGCCCCCGUUGCGGAGACCACAUAGUGUUAUUGGAGGAAGCCUUGGAUCCUUCAUGGCAAUGCCCAGAAAUGGAAGCCGACUAGAUAUUGUUCAUGAAAAUCUAAAAAUGGGAUCAGAUGGUGAGAGUGACCAAGCUUCUGGGACAUCAUCUGAUGAAGUACAGUCACCUACGGGUGUUUGUCUUAGAAAUCGUAUACAUAGACGGAUCUCAAUGGAGGAUUUAAAUAAACGGUUAUCAUUGCCUGCAGAUAUCAGAAUACCUGAUGGGUAUCUUGAAAAGUUGCAGAUAAACAGUCCACCAUUUGAUCAACCAAUGAGCCGAAGGUCUCGUAGAGCUUCUUUAUCAGAAAUUGGGUUUGGAAAAAUGGAAACCUAUAUCAAAUUGGAAAAACUUGGAGAGGGUACAUAUGCAACAGUAUAUAAAGGAAGAAGUAAAUUGACAGAGAAUUUGGUGGCGUUAAAAGAGAUCCGGUUGGAACAUGAAGAAGGUGCACCCUGCACAGCUAUAAGAGAAGUUUCACUAUUAAAGGAUCUAAAACAUGCAAAUAUAGUAACCUUACAUGACAUUGUUCACACAGAUAAAUCUUUGACUCUGGUAUUUGAAUAUCUGGAUAAAGAUCUAAAACAGUACAUGGAUGACUGUGGAAACAUCAUGAGUAUGCACAAUGUAAAGCUGUUUUUGUACCAAAUUCUACGUGGUUUGGCAUAUUGCCACAGAAGAAAGGUAUUGCACCGAGACUUGAAACCACAGAACCUACUCAUUAAUGAAAAAGGAGAAUUAAAGCUAGCAGAUUUUGGGCUAGCCAGAGCCAAGUCAGUUCCCACAAAGACCUACUCAAAUGAAGUCGUCACACUGUGGUACCGGCCACCUGAUGUGCUUCUUGGUUCCUCAGAGUACUCAACACAGAUUGACAUGUGGGGUGUUGGUUGCAUUUUCUUUGAAAUGGCUUCUGGAAGACCUCUAUUUCCAGGAUCAACUGUGGAAGAUGAACUGCACUUAAUUUUCCGACUGCUAGGAACACCAUCUCAGGAAACUUGGCCGGGUGUUUCUUCAAAUGAUGAGUUCAAGAACUACAACUUUCCAAAAUACAAACCACAGCCUCUCAUUAACCAUGCACCCAGGUUAGACUCUGAAGGAAUCGAGUUGAUAACAAAAUUUCUUCAGUACGAAUCUAAGAAAAGGGUUUCAGCAGAAGAGGCCAUGAAGCAUGUGUACUUUCGAAGUCUGGGACCAAGAAUACAUACUUUACCUGAAAGUGUAUCAAUAUUCAGUUUGAAAGAGAUUCAGUUGCAAAAGGACCCGGGUUUUCGAAAUUCUUCUUAUCCAGAGACAGCUCAGUAAUUCUUCAGAGAGAAAUCUGACUCAGUCAAGUCAGGGAUCCUGAAAGCUGCAGAUGGCACAAAGACCUUUUACAAGUGGCCUGGCUUGAUCACUGCACACGCCAUUCCUGGUACCUGAGGCAGAAGACACAUCUUAUGCUUCCCUAGUCAUCAGGUUCAUCACUUCGAAGCAUAGAAGCUGUAGACUGACCCCAUCAACAAAAGGGUCAUUUCAGACAGUGCUGAUCACUCUUACGUGGAAGAUUAGUUUUUGCUGGUGGGAACAUUAGCUUCCUAGAGUCACCAAAUACUGUAUGUGGGAUAAAACUGAACCUUGAACUGCCUCAUAAAAUGACUUUAUAUUUUAGGACAUGGGAAGAACAGAAGACAGAGCAUGCUCUUUUAAGUCUGAUAACAUGGUUUCAAGCCCAGCCCCCAGCCUUUCUUAUCAAUCAAGGACUCAGAUCUGAAGGCAAUUAUUUCUUUUGGUGGACUUGGAAUCUCCGUUUGUCUACACUGUCCUCUUCACAGUGGAGUCUUUUUAUUUCAGACCUACAGAUUGUUUUUAUAUUUGUUGUCACAGUGUGACAAUUUUUUUGUACAGUUGGUUUUAAGGUCUUCUCUGCCAUUAGAGCCAGUAGGUUACAGCUAUUGAUGUAACUGUAGCUGCAAUUUUUGUGCAGGACUGAGAAACACAGUGCAUUAUUUAUUGCGGAAUCAUUGCUGCUAAAUAACUACUGUCUGUUUAUUUAACACAACAGUUAAAUGCCUGAAGAAGUUGCAGUGGCUUUAUUAGAUGUGAAUGCAUCUGUUUCUCCCCACGAAUUGUUUUACUGCUGCAUUUGUUGUUUGUUUUUAAAAUUAAACUGCAGUGUUUCCUGGAAUGUAAGUUUAGCUUUGCUUAACAGUAAAAUAAGUGAGCCAUCUUGAACACUCUAAGUUCAUGCUGUAUAAUCUUUCAUUGAACAUCAGCAAAUAGAGUAGCUAAAAAAUUGAUGAGUACAUCAUGUUUAGGAAAGCAUGUGAUGCAGAGGUUGAUUCAAGCAAGUGAAUACCUGACAUGGGGAUCUCACAUUAGAUACCAAUAAUUUAAAGCACCAAAAUUAUUUAUUUUUACCUUGCCUCAUUUUAGAAAUAUUUACUGCAUAUUAUUGGAUAUGUGUAUACUAAUACACUUACCUAUUUUACAUUGUGCUUUAAUUUAGUUAAAACUAAACCAUACAAGUCCAGUGAAAUAUGUGAGGUCUUGUUUUCAUUUUAAAUACAGUUCUUUUAUUAGAAAGGAUGAUAACUUUUGGGGGGAGCCAUUUAUUUCAUUUGGGGGCUGUCUAUAUGCGUGUGUUUUAAUAACAUUCACUUGGAAUCAGCUAAAAGCUGUAAUAUGUCUUUGAAAUGAGCCAUGAUAAAUACAAAUGACAGAAAGGAGAACUGAGGAUUGUUUUAAAGCAUUGUAGGUAUUAAUGUGUUUAUCAGAGAUAGUAAAUAUUACAGUUUCAAUUAUGCAUCUCUUUGAACAUCAUAAACACGCCUUGGUGUUGGUAAGUGUUUUAAGCAUUUGUGUUAACUUUUAAGGACUAUUUGUUUAGUGCAUCUUACAAACUACAAAUCUUAAUUGGUAUAUUUUGAAAUGGUCAUGUAAAUUUUUGGCUUCUAUAUCAUGAAAAUAAUCAUAACCUAAUUUUUUUCCUGAUAUUCACUGUAAAACAUUCAGGGGUCCUACCAUUUCUGUUCAGGAAAUCUUGUAGUUUAUUGUUAUUUAACAGUAUUAAGUGAAUUUUUGUAUAUUUCAUUUUAACUUUAUUUGUGAAUAGUGAUUGUGGCAUGUUUGGGUGUUAUUUUAAUAUUUCAUGAGACAGAAAUUUUAAUUUUUAAAAAAAAUUUUCUGGAAGAAACAGAUUCAUGUGUAAUGGUGAAUAUUGGACCACUACUGCUUUUCACAUUUGUAAAUUGGUUUUAUGUUAAACCCUGUAGCCUAACAAACUGCUGUUAUUUCUAACUGACAGACAUGUAUUAAUAUUGUACUUUGAAGGUUAUAAAUAUUAUGUGGAAAUUCCUCCAUUUUGUUUUGAAAUUUAUAAUAACAAGAUCUUCAUGUUGUUAAAA